AUGCCCGACCGCAGCGCGGGCAGCGGGGCCCGCCUUCCUCAGCACUAUGGGUUCCCGCCCGGGACCUCGAUGCUCGGCCAGUUCGGAACGACCGCGCCGCGAUUCUCGGCGGAUGCGUCGGCAGCCGCGGUCCCCGGACCUGGCGCUUACAGCCCUCCAUCGCACCUCUUGGCGUCACAUGCGCCGCGUUUCGGAAGCAAUGCGCGGGAUCGGCGCAAGGCAGCGCAACCGCGUGACUGGCAGGGCAACCCAGUCCACGCUCCAGAGACUCCGCCGGGACCAGGGGCUUACGAGACCGCCAGUGGUGCGGCGCCCCGCCGCUACGGACGCAACGUGGCGUUUGGCUCGUCGUUCGAUCUGCUGGGCAGUCGCACCGCUCCCACCAGAUCGCCUGGACCGGGUUCGUACCGGCCGGCGGUGAAGAGGAGAGGCAACAGCGAGCGAUGGGACCAACGGUCGCUUCCCCUCGGUGCGAAUCGUCGGCCACCGUUUGGUGCGUCCAACCCUCGGAGCGGCACACGAGUGCCCUCGGUGCUUCCCGUCGACGCAGCCCGUGUUUUGCACUACUUGGCCACGCAAUACAUCGCUCUCUCGCGAAUCCUCGCCAAGAUGAUUAGCAAAAAGUGGAACAUAUGCUUGGGCUGCUCGCACCUGGCGGCUGGCGCUGGAGCGCCGGGCCGCCAGUGCGCACAGUGGCAGUGGGGCAGUGGCCAGUGGCCCAGAGUGCCACUGCGCUCUGGCCUCUGCGGUGCGCACCCGGCACCCGCUGUCCUCUAG